AUGCUUUCUCAUCGCGCUCAGAAGAGCUUGAACUGGCUGGCUGAAGAGAUUCCCUCUGUCCCAGUAUGGCCGCAGGACGUCCUUGCCAUGAACUCAGCAGAGAACUGGCUGUGCCGUCCAGAUCUUGUUCCACUCAUGAAGAAAGCCAUAGCGGACAACCUUGAAGCAUCGCAUCUCUCAUACUCGAAGAAUCUCGGUGGUCCACCGGAUCUUCUCGAGAACGCAGCCUCUUUCUUCAACAGGUUCUUCAAUCCACGAAGUCCUGUACUGCCCAGCCAUAUCGUCUGUGGUGCUGGUGCUGGGUCCAUCCUCGACAGUCUUGACUUUUCGCUCAGCGAGCUUGAUGAAGGCAUGCUGAUUAAUGCCCCAUGCUGGGAAGGCUUUGGGAUAGCAAGCAAUCUGCGAAAUGAUGAUCGCUUGAUACCAGUCACGAUACCAGUUGGGCUCUCAUCCCCAGAGCAGCUCAUCAAGCUUUAUCUGAAAGCUAUGGAGGCUGCGACGUGUCGCGUACGCGGCAUCAUUGUUUGCAACCCCAUGAACCCUUCGGGGCACAUCUAUCCUACCAGCUGGUUGGAAGCAAUCCUUCAGUUCUGCGAGGAGCAAGAUAUCCAGUACAUCGCGGACGAGAUAUAUGGCAUGUCGGCAUGGGAGUCACAACAAACAAAGACCCCAAAGACAUUUUCUGAAAAAGGGCCAAUUGUAUUUGAGUCCCCAGAGACAAAGUUUACCUCUGUCUUAUCUCUGGAUAUGAAGCGAAUUGGAGUGAAUCCUGCUCGCGUACAUGUUGUCUACGCAUUGAGCAAAGACCUCGGUAGUAGUGGUCUGCGACUUGGCUUUCUUGUAACACAGAAGAACCCCGAGCUUCGCAAUGCAAUGGCCAUUCUGAACAGGUACCGAGUAUCCAAUGCCACAUCCGUGAUUGCCUCCAGUCUUUUCUCGGACCUUUUAGUCCUAGAGCACAUUCUCGUUCGCAACAGAAUGCUUCUCCGCAAUGCAGCAGCUCUCGUUGGAGACUUCUUAUCCUUCCACCGCUUUGCCUUCUAUCGCCCAGUAGCAGGAGUCUUUAUAUGGACUCGCCUCGGUGGGGAGACAGCAACAGAAGUUUCCGAUGCGGCGCUCAUGGAGGACUUUGCAUCUGCGAAGGUUUCUGUUGCUAGUGGUGUACCCUUUCAUGCUAGAGAUAGAGGGUGGUUCCGAAUCACGUUUGCACUUCCUCAUGAGCAGUUACUCGAGGGACUACGUCGCAUAGAGAGGGCGAUGGCUUUAGAGCGUGCAUGGAGACCUUCGAAUGAUGUGGAGGCCGUGGAGUUUGCGUCUGUUCAGAAGAAGAACUUGAUGAAGCCCAAGGGCGCGGGAUGCAUGGUCAUGUAG